AUGAUGGUCCUGAGUGGGGCACUGUGCUUCCGAAUGAAGGAUUCGGCCUUGAAGGUACUGUAUCUGCACAAUAAUCAGCUGCUGGCUGGAGGACUGCAUUCGGGGAAGGUCAUUAAAGGUGAGGAGAUCAAUGUUGUCCCAAAUCGGGCACUGGAUGCCAGUCUGUCUCCUGUCAUCCUGGGUAUUCAAGGAGGAAGCCAGUGCCUGUCCUGUGGGACAGAGAAGGAGCCGAUUCUGAAACUUGAGCCAGUGAACAUUAUGGAGCUCUACCUUGGGACCAAGGAAUCAAAGAGCUUCACCUUCUACCGGCGGGAUAUGGGUCUUACCUCCAGCUUUGAGUCAGCGGCCUACCCAGGCUGGUUCCUCUGCACCUCACCUGAAGCUGACCAGCCUGUCAGGCUCACUCAGAUCCCUGAAGAUCCCGCCUGGGACGCUCCCAUCACAGACUUCUACUUUCAGCAGUGUGACUAG